CAUUUUGAUGUGGCUUGGCUUUGCCCUUAUGCUAUGGCGGAGAUGGAUGACGGUGACGAGCCGAGUUUGGUACACACGCACAGUGGAUCAUCAUCUGGGUCAAAAUCAAGUGGGGACAAGAUGUUUUCUCUGAAGAAAUGGAAUGCUGUUGCCAUGUGGAGCUGGGAUGUCGAAUGUGAUACGUGUGCCAUUUGUCGGGUUCAAGUUAUGGAUGCGUGCUUGAGGUGUCAAGCAGAAAACAAGCAGGAGGACUGUGUUGUGGUGUGGGGGGAGUGCAACCACUCUUUCCACAACUGUUGCAUGUCCCUGUGGGUGAAACAGAACAAUCGCUGCCCACUGUGCCAGCAGGACUGGGUGGUGCAGAGGAUCGGCAAGUGAGGACGGGCGAUGCCAGCGCCAAACAGCUGGCCAGCCUCCAGCCUCCCACCUUGCCAGCUAUGCCCAAUCAUCACCAGCCUCCGUCCCGAUUGGCUCUCACCCCCGCCGGGGUGACAGGACUUUUUAACGCCCCACCUCUUCCCACAGUUCUUUAGCUCCCUUAUGCUGUCUCUCCCAAGUGUGUGUGUGUGUGUGUUUGGUGUGUAUGAUUGCACCAUCACUGUAUGCGUCAGGGGUGGCCAAGGCAGUCCUGGAGGUUUCCCAGUAAACAUCCUGUCUGUGGCCCACCCCACCUCUGUGAUGGGAUACAGAGCUCAAGGUGGGAAGAUCAAAGACAUGUUACACAUCAGUGGUAUGUUGUUAAUGGGGAAGUGUGUGUGUUUUUCUGUGUUGCAUUGCACAUUGAGUAAUAAACAGAGUGACUGGA